CUAGGUCGUCCAGGUCGUCGAGUGUACUUCCCCGUUCCUAGAAAAAACAAAGUACAUAUCCAAAGAGAGCACCCUCCUCCUCCUCCUCCUCCUCCUCCUCUCACGUAACUCCAUUAAAUUCCAAAACCAAGAAGAAGAAGAAGAAGAAAAAGGAGGAGGAGGAGGGAUUGUUGAUUACCUUUUCCUGCAGGCAUGGGAGACAUGGGAGACAUGGGGGACAUGGACAUGGGCAACCACACGCACGGCAGCGGUGCGCCGCCAUCGCCGAUGUCGAUGGGCGGCAUGAAGAUGAGCUACGUCCACAUGACCUUCUUCUGGGGCAAGAACUCCGAGAUCCUCUUCUCCGGCUGGCCGGGCGCCCGCAGCGGCAUGUACGCCCUCGCCCUCAUCGUCGUCUUCCUCCUCGCCGUCCUCGUCGAGUGGACCGCCCGCUACGACGUCGGCACCGCGGCGAGGCUGGUCAGGACCGCCGUGCACGCGCUGCGCGUCGGCCUCGCCUACCUGAUGAUGCUCGCCAUCAUGUCCUUCAACGGCGGCGUCUUCAUCGUCGCCGUCGCCGGCCACACCGUCGGCUUCCUGCUCUUCAGGAGCCGCCCGGCCUCACCCGCCGGCGAUCGCGGAGAGAAGGCAGCGGAUCUCUCUCCCAUGGCAUGCUAGCUGGCUUGAUGAUGAGUAUACGCUUCUUGAUUCUUGAAAGUGUGGUGUGUGUGUGUGUGUUUUUUUCUCUUUUUUUUUUGGGUUUCUUUUGGUGUGCAUGCAAUAAAUAUUUGAUGUAUGUCUAAUGCUUUGUUUCAUGCAUAGGUAAAUUGCACCACUAGUCCUCAGAACUUUUAAGCGCUUUUUGUUACUUAUAUUUACUAUUAGAGGAAAAAUUAUUAUCUCGAAAUGCAUCACGCAUCUAACCAGCCCUGAUUCCAUCUUA